AUGACUAUCCCCUCCAGCAAACAACCAUUCCAGAACCCACCAGGCCCUGCUCUGCCCGCCAGGGCCCCCGACCUCUUCUCUCUGGCAGGCAAAGUGUGUGUAGUCACGGGCGCAGCACGAGGAAUUGGACUGGCCGUUGCAGAAGCGUUUGCCCAGUCCGGAGCACACGUCGCCUUGUGGGACCUUGAUCCGCCCGUCAAGGCUGCUGCAAGCAUUGCAGACGAGAACGGUGUGAGAGCAAAGGCCUACGGCGGCGACGUCACCGACCCGGAGACGGUGGACCGCAUAGUGGACGAGAUAGUGGCCGAUUUCAGCACGAUAGACGUCUUCGUGGCCAACGCCGGCGUCAACAUCCCGUCGGGCAACAUCCUGAGCGAGGGCAACAGAGACGGCAAGAGAUGGAACAGGAUCGUGGACAUCAACCUGAACGGGGUGUUCUACUGCUCGCGGGCCGUGGGCCGCGUCUUCCAACAAGCAGGAAAGGGCUCGCUGAUUUUUACGGGCUCCAUGUCGGGCCAUAUCGUCAACACGCCGAUUGAGCAUUCGGCCUACAACACCACCAAAGCCGCCGUGAUCCACCUAGCAAAGUCGCUGGCCGUCGAGUUCCGCGGUUUUGCAAGGGUCAACUCUGUGUCGCCGGGCUACAUCGACACCGGCAUUAACGGCUACGUGGACCCGGACAUCCGCCGCAAGUGGCAGGACGAGAUCCCGCUGGCCAGAGAGGGCCAGAUCAAGGAGAUCGUCGGCGCGUACUUGUUCUUUGCCUCAGACGCCUCGACCUACGCAACCGGCUCCGAUCUGGUCGUUGACGGCGGAUACUCCAUCAGAUAG